ACCUCAAUGGUUGGGGGCAGCAGAGAGCACUCUAAUGGCUGAUAUGCAAUUCCACCAUAGAAACUAUUGCAUUUAGGAGAAAAUGACUUUUAAACAGCUGUCCACCGUAGUAACCGCUAUGCGCCAGAGGAUUCCAGAGGAGCAGCUGGAUGAGUUUGACCUGCAGAAGUACAUAAAGACACGAGAGACCGAUCAGACUGAACUCCUCAGUCCAGAUGAAGUUCUUCAGAGGCUGGUUCCAGUGGUAUCAUCAGCACAGCUGAGUAAGUGUUCCCUCACAGAGAAGAGCUGUGCUGUGAUAGCGUCAGCUGCCAGAUCAAACUCCUGCAGUUUGAAGGAGCUGAACCUGAGUGACAAUAAGCUUCAUGAUGCAGGAGUUCAGCAUCUCUCAGAGCUCCUCAAGAAUCCCCACUGCAAACUGGAGAAACUUGAGAGUCCAGCAGCAGCAGCAGCCUCUGCUAGCAGCUCCCACUCAGAUGCUGCAGAGCUGCACCUCAGAGACAAAGUCCAGCAGGACCCAGGAGCACAGCUGCUCUCUCUGGACACUCACACGUGA